AAUAAGAAUUCAUACUGCAAAUUUGCACACAUUUGGCCAAUGGAAUCCUGGGCGUCUCCAAUGGAGCGGUUUUUCCAGCUUAUUUUACUCAUUAGAAUCUAAAGUCGCCGAAGAGCGAGGGACGUUGAGGUUGAGUCAGGGGAAAGGAAGCAAAGGAGGUUUGGAGAGGCGCCCAGUGAGCUCAGCAGGUUGACAUUUUGAGGCUCUUCUCGGGUCUGCUUUUAAUUUAUAAAUCUGGUGGAGUCGCGGGCGUGUCUCUCCGAGGAUCGAGGUGGGGGUGUCCAGUUCUGAUCGGAGCCCUCCAACGAGUCAGCUCUGAGCCAGGGCUCACUCUGCAGGUACAGUCACAGAGAUCCCAUUGCAAGCCUCCCAAGCCCGCUUUCUCCCCCGCCUCACCUACACCCAAGGCUGCAGCAACCGCGCUGGGAAAUCAGGAAGCUGCAGGAAGACGCUCAGCUUUGCCCCUGAAAUGCCCAGAGAGUGACAACUGAGCAACGCAUCGGACUCUCCCGCCCGGCAAAUUGAGGGUCACACACCCACCACCUAGUUGCAAAAAUGGCUCAACUGCGUGGUUUGUUAUUGUUCACACUCUUCAGCCUAACCUCUUUCACUCAAGCACAACAGGAUGACAGAACAGUUGCUGCUGACAUAGUCUUUCUAGUGGAUACCUCCUGGAGCAUCGGCCAGGAAAAUUUCCAAUAUGUGCGAGAGUUUCUAUUCAGGGUUAUAAAGGCUUUUGAGAUUGGAGAAAACAGAUUCCGUUUUGGCCUGGUGCAGUACAGCGAGAAGCCACAAACAGAGUUCCAUUUUAACACAUAUUUUACGAAGCAGGACAUCUUAUUUCAUAUAUGGAACAUGUCAUAUAAGGGGGGAGGCACAAAAACUGGACUAGCGCUAGAAUAUCUAAUGAAGGAUCAGCUCAAUAAAGCCAACGGGAGUAGAGCGGAACAAGGAGUGCCGCAGAUUAUUAUAGUGUUAACAGACGGACGAUCUCAGGAUGAUGUAAUCCCUCCGUCUGCUUCCCUUAAGUCAGCUGAAGUUAAAAUUUAUGCUAUUGGAGUUCACCAAGCGGUUGAAUGGGAGUUAAAGGAGAUUGCGAGUGAACCUCAUGAGAGGUUUGUUUAUCACCUCGAUGACUUUGCCGCACUUAAAGGCAUUGUAAACGACUUAGUGGCAAGUGUACACACGGCUGCAGCGCACCCAUUAUCUGAUGGGAUAAUAAAAGACACCACAGCGCAAGAAGCGGCUGACCUCAUUUUCUUAAUUGAUGGAUCAGUCAACGUUGGAAGUGGCAAUUUUCAAUAUAUACGCGAUUUUAUCGUAAAUUUCAUCGACAAUCUCGAGAUCGGCCCUGACAGAAUCCAAAUCGGUGUGGUACAAUACAGCGAUGAGCCCAGCACAGAGUUUUAUUUUAAUACAUAUUCCACGAAAACAGAGGUCCUGGAUGCUGUGAAGCAACUUCAACCAAAAGGCGGUGAUGAAAUAAAUACUGGUGAAGCCGUGCAAUUUGUAAUCGACAAUCACUUUAUUUCAUCAGCCGGCAGCAGGGUAUCAGAAGGGGUUCCACAGGCAGUAAUAAUUAUCACUUCUAGUGAGUCCAGUGAUGAUACAAAUCAGGCACAACUAUUACUAAGAAAAGGUAGUAUAUACACAUUUUCUAUUGGAGGUCGGGAUGCCGACUCUAAUGAACUCGUACAGCUUGCAACUGACGCAUCCUUUUCUUCCAUGGUGUCGGAUUUCAGCAAUAUUGCUAACUUGCAGCAACAGUUUUUACCAUUGGUCUCAAGAGUGGCUCGAAGGGAAAUAAUUAUCGAGCCUAUAGUUAUUAACGAAGUUCCAGACAGGAGGAGAGACAUAGUAUUUCUGAUCGAUGGCAGCUCUGCAGUUGGACAUCAAAACUUUUUGCGAUUCCGUGAAUUUAUCUUGAAAGUAGCUAACAAAUUUCAAAUUGGACCAAAUAACGUACGAAUUGCUGUGGUACAGUACAGCGAUGGUCCUAUCACUGAGUUUUACUUAAAUACCUACUCAACCAAAUCUGAGUUACAAGCCAAAAUAAAGGCACUGCGAUCAAGAGGUGGAUCAAAACUUAAUAUUGGAGCUGCCCUGCAAUUUGUCUUAAAAAACCAUUUUAUCGAAUCUGCAGGAAGUAGAAAAGAGGAAGGUGUUCCUCAAUUUCUAGUGCUUGUUGCCAAUAGACCAUCUACAGAUAGUUUUCGUAUCCCUGCACUUGAAUUGAAGCAAGCUGCUAUAAUGACUUUUGCCAUUGGAGUUGAUAAGGCAAAUCAAGCAGAGAUGCAGGACAUUGCAUUCCUCCCAGUUCUGGCAUUUCAAAUGGCCAACGUUGCAGAUUUACUCAAAAGGCAUAAAGAUGUGCAAUCAAAGUUAUCCUCACUUGGUCCUCCAACAGUGAUUACAGAACCUCCAACUGUCAUCGAAGUUGUAACAGAAGUAGUGAGCAAGAGAGACAUUGUGUUCCUUAUUGAUGGAUCAGCUAAUGUUGGAAGUACAUAUUUCCCUGUUCUCCGUGACUUUAUCGGCAACAUAAUUGAAGCCCUUAACAUUGGACCUGACCAAGUGCAAGUAGCCGUGGCGCAGUACAGUGAUGAUCCUCAAGUUGCUUUCUAUCUAAACAGUUACUCGAGAAAGGAUGAACUCCUAUCUCACGUCAAUGGGCUCCGACUGAAAGGCGGCAGGACUCUUAACACCGGUGCAGCAUUGGAGUACGUUAUUAACAACAUGUUCAGCAAGUUGACGGGAAGUAGGAAAGAGGAAGGCAUUCCCCAGAUAUUGGUGCUUGCCACAGCUGGGAAGUCUCAAGAUGAUGUGAAAGCAUCUGCACAAGCCUUGGCACAAGCAGGCAUUCUCACUAUUGCUGUUGGAAUCAACAAAGCAGAAGCAGCAGAGCUGCAGCGUAUUACAUUCAGUGAAAAUCUGGCUUAUCGAGUAAAUGACUUUAACGCCUUGGAUACUAUCCGACAAGCAGUGACGUCCUCUGCUAAACACCUGAUUUUUGGAGGAAUCACUGAAGUAACGACAGCUGUGAAAAGAGACAUUGUCUUCCUAAUCGAUGGCUCUCCAGGAAUGGGACAAUCAUUGCAUCAAGUCCUUGAGUUUCUAAGCAGAGUAAUCGAGAUGCUCAAUAUUGGACCUGACAAAGAUAAAGUUGCGGUGGUACAAUAUGGUACUGGCCAAAAGAUUGAGUUUGGACUUGAUGCUUACUCAACUAAAGAGGAGGUUCUGGAUGCAAUAAAAAAUCUUGAACCAAAUUCAAAAAAACCCCUCAACACUGGUGCUGCACUGGAUUUUGUCACAAGGAAUGUCUUUAGUGCCUCAGCGGGGAGCAGAAAAGAAGCUGGGGCCACACAAAUCCUGGUGCUCAUCGCUGCUGGGAAAUCCGCAGAUAAUGUUCAACCUUAUGCAGAUGCAGCAAAAAUGGCUAGAAUUGUGCCCAUUGCCAUUGGGGCCAAGAGUGCAGACACAUCGGAGCUGCAAAAGAUUGUGCUUGAUCCAACCUUUGUUUUAACAAUGAGAGACUUCCGAGAUCUAUCAACCAUUCAGCAGGAGCUGUUGUCCAAAAUGAGAACAGUGAUAAUUCAGGCAGUACCUGAAGAUGCUGUGAAGAGAGAUGUUGUGUUCCUUAUCGAUGGAUCAGAAAAUGUCAGAGUUGCUUUCCCUUCAGUUCAAAGAUUCAUUUCCAGAAUGGUCGAUAAUCUUGACAUUGGAAGUGACAAAGUCCGAGUUGGUGUGGUGCAGUACAGCGAUAAUCCCAGAGUCAACUUCUACUUGAACAGCUACACCACACCUCGGGAUGUGAAGGAUGCGAUAAACGGCCUCAAGCAAAUAGGAGGCCGCCGAGCCAACACUGGGGCAGCCUUGGACUAUGUCAAAAAUAACAUCUUCACUCAGUCUACGGGUGGCAGAGCAGAGGAAGGUGUCCCCCAGUUCCUGAUCCUUCUCACUGCCAGCAAGUCGUCUGAUGAUGUUGGUCAGGCAGCAUUGGCUCUGAAAGAGGCCGGUGUAGCACCAUUCAGUAUCGGCUCGGGAAGUGCAGAUGACCGUGAGCUCCAACAAAUUUCUCUGUCCCCUAGUUUUGUUUUCAAGGUUAAUGACUUGCAGAAUGUGGAAACACUCCAACAACAUCUGGAGUCACCUUUAACUACACUGAGCAAAGAACUGAUAACUAGAAUUCCGAUAACUGGACAUGUUGAUGCUGUUAAGAGAGAUAUUGUGUUCCUUCUUGAUGAAUCGGACAAAGUCAGAGGUGCUUUCCCUUCAGUUCAAAGAUUCAUUUCCAAAGUGGUCGAUAAUCUUGACAUUGGAAGUGACAAAGUCCGAGUUGGUGUGGUGCAGUACAGCGAUAAUCCCAGAGUCAACUUCUACUUAAACAGCUACACCACACCUCAGGAAGUGAAGGAUGCGAUAAACGGACUCAGGCAAAUAGGAGGCCGUCGAGCCAACACUGGGGCAGCCUUGAACUAUGUCAAAAAUAACAUCUUCACUCGGUCUGCGGGUAGCAGAGCAGAGGAAGGUGUCCCCCAGUUCCUGAUCCUUCUCACUGCCAGCAAGUCGUCCGAUGAUGUUGGUCAGGCAGCGUUGGUUCUGAAAGAGGCCGGUGUAGCACCUUUCAGUAUCGGCUCAGGAGAUGCAGAUGACCGUGAACUCCAACAGAUUUCACUGUCCCCUAAUUUUGUUUUCAAGGUUAAUGACCUGCGGAAUGUGGAAACCCUCCAACAACGUCUGGAGUCACCUUUAACUACACUGAGCAAAGAACUGAUAACUGAAAUUCCGAUAAUUGUACCUGAUGUUACAGAAGCAGACAGGAGAGAUGUUGUGUUCCUUGUUGAUGGAUCAGAGAGAGUCAGAGGUGCUUUCCCUUCUGUUCAAAGAUUCAUUUCCAAAGUGGUCAAUAAUCUUGACAUUGGAAGUGACAAAGUCCGAGUUGGUGUGGUGCAGUACAGCGAUAAUCCCAGAAUCAACUUCUACUUGAACAGCUACACCACACCUCGAGAAGUGAAGGAUGCGAUUAACGGCCUCAGGCAAAUAGGAGGCCGUCGAGCCAACACUGGGGCAGCCUUGGACUAUGUCAAAAAUAACAUCUUCACUCGGUCUGCGGGUGGCAGAGCAGAGGAAGGUGUCCCCCAGUUCCUGAUCCUUCUCACUGCCAGCAAGUCGUCUGAUGAUGUUGGUCAGGCAGCGUUGGCUCUGAAAGAGGCCGGUGUAGCACCAUUCGGUAUCGGCUCAGGAAGUGCAGAUGACAGUGAGCUCCAACAAAUUUCUCUGUCCCCUAGUUUUGUUUUCAAGGUUAACGACCUGCGGAAUGUGGAAACACUCCAACAACGUCUGGAGUCACCGUUAACAACACUGGACAAAGUUCAGAUAAUCCAACUCCAUAAAAAGAGUUUGGGAGAUGCUGCUAGGAGAGAUAUUGUGUUCCUUGUUGAUGAGUCGGACAAAGCUAAAGAUGCUUUUCCAUCGGUUCAGAGAUUAAUUUCUAACGUUGUCGACAAUCUUGAUGUUGAAGGUGAUAAAGUCCGAGUUAGUGUUACAAAGUUCAGUGAAGAUCCCAGAAUUGACUUCCUCUUAAACACGUUUACAACAAAAGAUGAGGUGAAGAGAGCAAUAGGAGACCUCAAGUGUAAAGGAGGCAGACGAGCCAACACUGGCAAAGCUUUGGACCAUGUCAAAAAGAAUGUGUUCAAUAUUUCAGCAGGAAGCAGAGCACAGGAUAAUGUGCCCCAGUUCUUGGUCCUAAUCACUGCCAGCAAGUCGUCCGAUGAUGUUGGUCAGGCAGCAUUAGCUCUGAAAGAGGCUGGUGUAGCACCUUUCAGUAUAGGCUCAGGAGACGCGGAUGACCGUGAGCUCCAACAGAUUGCACUGUCCCGUAGUUAUGUUUUCAAGGUUAAUAAUCUACGGAAUGUGGAAACAGUUCAACAGCAACUUCGCUCACCACUAACAACGUUGACUAAGACUCAAAUAAGCCAAAUCAUACAAGAUGCUCCUAAAGUUGUGGAUCCUGCCAAGAAAGACAUUGUGUUCCUGAUUGAUGGAUCCAGCAGCGUUGGAUCUCAGCAAUUUGCCCACCUUCGCGAUUUUCUCAUCAGCAUAGUUAGAAGCCUCGAUGUUGGACCCAACAAGGUCCGAGUUGGUUUGGCACAAUACAGCAACACUCCAAAAACAGAGUUUCUGUUGAAACAACACAUGAAUAAAGGCAGCCUUCAAGACGCUAUCAGGCGAAUUAGGCCGGGAGGUGGGUCUCCACUUAACACUGGCAGAGCGUUGGACUUUGUUUUGAAAAAUCACUUCACAAGAUCAGCAGGAAGCAGACAGCAUGAAGGUGCUCCCCAGUAUCUGAUAGUUAUUACUGGAGACUCUUCUAGAGAUGAUACCCGCCCUUAUUUAGGCAUAUUAAAAAGUUCAGGAAUUAAUGUUUUCAGUGUGGGAGGAAGGAAUGUGGAUCCAGAUGAACUUGAACGAAUCACAACUCUUCCUUAUGCUACUUACAAAGUAAAUAACUUCCAAGAUCUGGAAGGUGUGCAAGACAAACUGAUCCUGCGUUUGUUGAUGGAUGACCCUACAUUAUAUCGACCAGAACCUCCCACUGCAGCUUUGCCACAGAAAAGAGCCGAUAUUGUAUUUCUCUUGGAUGGAUCCAUUAACAUUGGACGACAGAAUUUCCCCCGUCUCACAGAGUUUGUCUCCAGUGUAGUUGAUGCUAUCUAUGUUGAUGAUGGAUCAAUCCAGGUGGGAGUUGUCCAGUACAAUUCCGAUGUGAAUGAUGAAUUUUUCUUCAAUGCUUACCGAUCAAGAGCUGACGUCCUCGAAGCUAUUCAGAAUAUUCAGUUCAAGGGAGGCAGGUCACUAAACACUGGAGCAGCCUUGAGACAUGUUAAAAACAACCACUUUGUUAAAUCAGCAGGAAGUAGGAUUGAAGAUGGAGUCCCACAACUCGCUUUCCUGCUAAUCGGGGGCAAGUCAAACGAUGACGCAGUAGCUGCUGCAAGGGAGCUAAAGGCAGCUCGAUUCAAAAUCUUCACUGUGGGAAUGCAGGAUGCAGACAUUCAGGAGAUCUCUGACAUCGCAAGUGAACAAGCUGGAGUUUUCAGAGUGGCUGACAUGAACACGCUGUCUGAAUUGACCGAGCAAGUGUUAUUAGCCACAACUGAUGUCAUAGAAGGUGAACUGUGCCCGAAAACGGUUGAUGUUGUAAAAGAUUGCGGUAUUGAUGUUUUGCUUGGAUUUGAUGUCAGUAGCGUUGGAUUAGAAAACGAUGUUUUUGUGACACAGAGAGGUUUCCUGCCCAAAGCAGGAAACAUACUCCAGAGAAUUUCACAGUUGAAAUCUAUGAGCUGCACUGGCACAAUGUCACCCAAAGUAAGAGUUGGAGUCACAGUUUUUGAUGAACGUGGCCAAAGACAUGUCAUUGAUUUGGUCGACUAUCACCCCGGAAUAAUGGCUCAGUUCAGCGAUCUAAGAAGUUCUGGCCCGUAUGUCUUGAAUACUGGAACAUUCGAUGCAUACAGGGACACCUUUCAAUCUGACAGUUCUAAUCGUGUAAAGGUAAUUAUCCAUUUCACUGAUGGCAUAGAUGACAACUUUUCUCAAUUAAAAAGUCAGGCCAUAAAGCUACGGAGAGAAGGUAGUGUACAUGCACUGAUCAUUGUAUCUUUAGAAGCACCAAUGGGGUUUGAGGAAGUUUCGUUAUUGGAAUUUGGGCGAGGAUUUAGGUACAGGCGACCUCUGUCAAUCACACAGAUGGAUUUAGAAUAUGAACUAGCAGAAGAACUCGAUAAUAUUGCAGAGAGAGUGUGUUGUGAUGUAUCAUGUAAGUGCGCUGGUCAAGUAGGAGACAGAGGAACUCAGGGAUUACGUGGAGUUAAGGGUUUACUAGGACCUAAAGGUAUUAUGGGUCACCCGGGUGAUGAAGGUGCACCAGGUGAAAGAGGUCCACCAGGUAUAAAUGGAACUCAAGGGUUCCAAGGAUGUCGAGGACAGAGCGGAAUUAAGGGUAGCCGUGGAUAUCCAGGCGAGAAGGGUCAACUGGGUGAAAUUGGUCUUGAUGGAAUAGAUGGGGAACAGGGUAAAAAUGGAGCAGCAGGACCACCAGGAGAAAGAGGCAACUUGGGAGAAUCAGGAGUGAAAGGAAUGAAAGGUGGAAAAGGAGAAAGGGGUGAUCUUGGCUAUCGAGGUGACCCGGGUGAACCAGGACUCACGAAUAUUCAGAAAGGAGACAAAGGGCAGAGGGGUGACAUGGGCUUGGUGGGAGAAACUGGUGCCAGUGGCCGUCCAGGAUCACCUGGAGCAAGUGGGCGCAGGGGAACUCAAGGCCGCAGAGGACCACCAGGAGCAAGAGGUUCAAAAGGCAAUCGAGGAACGCGUGGACCUCCAGGAGUUGCAGGGUUUAGAGGACCACAAGGCGAACCUGGAAGCUCUGGAAUCCCAGGCCGAGAAGGUGCAAAUGGCAUUCGAGGACCAAGGGGACCUGCUGGUUCUGCUGCACCUCCUGGUGCAAGAGGCGGACAAGGACAAAAUGGACGAAAGGGUGAAACUGGAAAUCCUGGUGAAAAGGGUGAAAUUGGACCAACAGGUCCACGUGGAGAAAUGGGUGAGGAUGGAAGAACUGGCACUGGCGUUACUGGACUUAAAGGCAGAAAGGGUGAGCGAGGCCCUGUUGGACCCCUUGGUCAAAAGGGUGAAAUCGGAGACGAUGGUACUCCAGGGAAAGAUGGGAUUAAAGGAAAUCGAGGUCAAAGGGGCUAUUCAGGACCUCCUGGUGAUGGUGGAAUGAAAGGAGAAGCAGGUUUUCCAGGCCCACAGGGUCCAAAGGGAGAGAGAGGACGAUCCGUAGAGACAUGCAGCCUUGUAAAGCAGAUUAAAGAGUCAUGCCCAUGUUGUUACGGUUCAACAGAGUGCCCUGCAUAUCCGACUGAGCUGGCCUUUGUGAUCGAUACUUCCAACACGAAAACCGCCAAUCAGCUCAACCAGAACAAGAACGCGAUCCUCAACAUAGUUCGCAAUCUGACCAUAGUGGAAAGCAACUGCCCAAAGGGAGCUCGUGUCGCCGUUUUGACAUACAACAGUGGUAUAGUCACUGAAAUCCGUUUCAGCAGUGCCAGGAACAAGCGAGACCUUAUCACACAGAUUGAAAAUCUGCAGUUUGUGCCUUCGAGGAAGGAAUCCAGCAUUGCUGAUGCAAUGAGUUUUGCAGCAAGGAACACAUUCAAACGUGUGCGGAGUGGCUUUUUGAUUAGAAAGGUGGCGAUAUUCUUCAGUGACGGUCAGACAAAACCUAAAGAGCUGAAUGAUGCUAUAACAAAACUCGCAAAUGAGAAUAUCAUCUCCGUCUACCUUUCUCCUAGAGAGGAUAAUGUACUCACGAGGGCACUGCAGAGAAAUGAUGCUGGGCUUUCACAAUUCUUCGUUUUCCGCAAUGACAAUGCAACACUCAGUAAGGUGAUGGCAUGCCACGUUUGUUUAGAUUUUUGUGAUCCGAACGCAAUCUGUGAUGCCAGAUUUUUCCGAAGCAAAAGAUCGACAAAGCCCACUGAUACAGACCUAGAUGUUGCAUUCAUCAUGGAAAGCUCUGAAACCAUCAGCCCAAACCAGUUUGUAGAGAUAAAGAGAUAUAUUUCUUAUGUGACAGAUCACUUGGAGAUUAGUACAGAGCCUUUAACAUCAAACCAUAAGGCCAGAAUUGCUGUAGUACAACAUGCACUGUACGAUUCUCAGAAGAAUAAUAGAUUGGAGCGAGUGAAAGUAGAUUUGUCCCUCACUGACUACAACUCCAGUACGUACAUCAGAGAAUACAUCCACAACAGGAUGACUCAGCUGGAAGGGACAAGAGCAACAGCACACGCGGUCGAAUGGACCAUCAAAAAUAUUUUUGAAAAAGCAGUUCAACCAAGGCAACUCAAGCUCAUUGUUCUCAUAACCACAGGAAAUCUCCCAGAAGCUGAGAGAGAAAGGCUGGCGGCAGUUGUCACUGAAGCCAAGUGCAAAGGCUUCUUCUUUGUUAUAUUCAAUGUUGUCAAGAAAUCUAUCGAAAAUAAUCUCAUUUACCUGGCAAGUGCCCCUCAAGACGUGUACUUCAGGCCAAUUAAUGACUUCUCAGAACUCCACAAUGAAGAAUUACUCAGGUUUGGACGACAACUCCCCAAGUACAUCAAUGCUGAGAAUAGUCUUCACUUGCCUCCUGAACUGCAGAAACAUUGCGGAUUAUUCCAAAGUGACCAGCCCAGCAAUGAAGCUUUAGGAGAGUCCCACAAACAGGACACAAAAGACGUGCCGGCUGCUUCAAAAAAACUCAAGGGCUUGGAAUUAUCGAGCUUCAGUGUCACAGAAGACAGCAUUGUCCUACACAUGGCCCAGACUGAACCUCAACACAUUAAUAAUUAUGAGGUUACAGUGGUCAAAGUGAGCGAGAACCUUCUUGUGUUGAAGAUAAAUGUCAGUGAUCCUGUGAUCGUGCUAAGAGAUCUGGAAGAUGGGGAGCAAUAUGAUAUAAUUGUGAUAGGAUUCUAUCAGUCCAAGGCAAAAUCUAUUUACAAUGGAACUUUUACAACCAAAAAAUCCCCAGAAAAAAACAUCCAAACCACAGCUACCCUCAAGGCUAUGGAACCAUUAGAGCACCCAGAAACAGAUCGGUGCAUGCUGGAUUUUGACGCUGGAUCGCAGUGCUUAGAGUAUAGUGCAAAAUGGUUCUUUGACAGCAAAAACAACAUCUGCACUCAGUUCUGGUAUGGCGGCUGUGACGGUAAUGGUAAUAGGUUUGACACAGAAGCUGAGUGCAUUACAGAAUGCACAAAAACAAUACUAGAAGAAAACAUAUCAGAACCCAAGCCUGCUGGAAUCACAUUAUCAGUUAAAGAUAUAUGUCAACUACAUCGGGAUGAAGGAAAUUGCCGAAAUUUUUCCCUUAAGUGGUACUAUGAUGUAAAGACUAAAAUGUGCACACGGUUCUGGUAUGGUGGAUGCAAUGGCAAUGCAAACAGGUUCAAUACACAGGAUGAAUGUACCAAGGCAUGUGCUGAAGGACGGAUUCAAACCAGAAUGGUAACUACAAUGGGAACGUAAGUGAAAUGGAGACAAGGCCCUACAUAUACCUCUGAUCGGAGCCAGCGUCUACAGGCUGCCAUCAAUCCCAGUAUGUUAAGGGUUAAACAGAUACCUUGCACUGUAUUUCUAAUUGCUUUCAAUAAUCAAAUGUUGAAGAGGUUGAAAUCUUUUAAAGCUGCAUGUUAUAAUGGUGCUAAACUUUGAAUCUGGGUGCUAACUUUGUGCGGACGUAAUGUGUCCACUUUCGCAUACAUAGACAUCUAUACAGCUUGUUUCUCUUGUCUGUCUGUUUUACAUUUUUUCAUACUUAAUAUGAAUAUUUCUAACCUUUACAACACUUUAUUGUAAAAAAAAUUGUAAGUGACUAAGUGGCACUACAACGCUUUUUUUAUAUAAAUACAUGAUUUACACGGAACAAAAUCUUAUACAAAUCACUUUGGGAUAAAAUUAUAUUAAAACAAGCUUAAUUGUAUGUAUAUGCUUUGAACAUUUUUUAAAGGAGGGUGAAUUAUUGCAGUGUUAGUUCACUAGCUGAAAUGAGAUACAUACCCACGAGUCAUGUAAAAAUUCAACAUGUGGAUACUCAAUUGCAAAAGUAAUCUAAAAAAAACUUCUUUUCAUUCAAAGUUUUUCAGUGCGAUUUUAAAAGAGUUACUCUAUCUUGUUAAAAUUUCUCCCCAUUCUGGCUCUCAUGAGGAAACAUUGUAAUUUUAACGUACUUUGUAAACGUUUCUAAUUUUGGAAUUGUAAUAGAUUAUGUACAGAUAUGCAAUUUCCAAUCGUGUGAGCUAUUUGGCACCUUGAAAAGACAACACAAGAACCCUUUUAGGAAUACUACUGGGAUUACACUUUAAUCUAGAUGAUUUUCAAUUCCUAGGCUAUAAAGUAUCAAUCAUUUGUAAUGUGUUGUAUUUUUAUGACAAUGUUAAAUUGUAUGACUUUAAUAAAGAUAGAAAUGAAAAACUUUCUAAUAAAAUGGUUCUUAAAUUUGAAAA